CAAAACACACGCUCGCUCUCGACGUGCAUUUUUUUCAAUCGGCGUCAAAAGAAUUGCGGUGAUUUUGUAAAUUCAUCGCCAAAAUAAAUAUAUCCGUUUCAUAAAAAAACAAGGAUCGCAGCUGUGAGCUCCGAAAGGGACGGGUGCGUAUUUUGAUUGUCGAGCGUACCUGAACUCAGCACGCAGUUGCUAAGUGACAGCCUGUAAACAUCGACGACAGGAAGUGGAACGUGUUUUGUUUUGAAAUAUACGUGCUGGGGAUCGCUUUUACACAUUCAGCCCGUGCUGAUAUUCUUCACUUUUUUGCAGCCUUUUGUCAAUUAAAAGUGCAACGCGAGGCUGUAUCGUCAAGUGAUGACUACCGCCAAGGAAACGUCCAACAUAAGCGGCUAUCAUGAUAAAACCCCCAUUUACAUAGACGAGGAGAUUCUGCAGGAGGCCGUCUUGGAGCAAGGUCUUCAAGAUCAGGCCGAACGCAUCGCCAAGAAAGAGGGGAUCCGCUUCAACGAGGCCCGCAGACUCAGUCUGGAAUACAGAAACAUCCAGAAGAUCGACCACCUGUGGGAGUUCUCGUCCUUGACCAAGUUAAAUCUGAACAACAACUUCAUCAAGAAGAUCGAAGGACUGGACCAUCUGGUCAACCUGACGUGGCUCAAUCUGUCAUUUAACAACAUCAAGAAAAUUGAGGGUCUGAAUGGUCUUCGGAAGCUGGAAGUGCUGAACUUGUCCAACAACAGAAUCGACCUCAUCGAAAACAUGGACGGCCUGACGGAGCUCACCAUCCUGUGCAUCGCAAACAACAAACUCCACCAACUGGACAACGUGGUCUACCUGCGCAAGUUCAAGAAACUCUUCACCCUCAACAUCGACGGGAAUCCCAUCCCCGAGGAGAACAACGAGGAGAAGUACACCCUUUUCCUGGCGGCCUAUUUCCAGCAGCUGAAGUUCCUCAACAACGUUUUUCUGAACGAGGACAUCAGAAGCAAGGCCUCGGCCAAGUACAACCUCGACAUCGAGGAGAUGAACCAGGGAGCGUUGCAGGCGCAGCAAGCGGCCGAGGAAAAGCGGAGGCGGGAAGCCGUCCUGCAAAUGCACGAGGAUGCCUUUGUGGAGCAGUUGAACGGAGAUUAUUUGUACGGCAACAUCAUUCAAAACGACACCGAGUUGAGCAAACUGCAGUGCCUGCCGGGGGUGGACGAGUUACUCGAGGCAUUCCAGCGGCAGCUGGCGGAGCUGUGCAACCAGCUCUUCGAAGCCGGCUUGACCGAGUACAAGCGGAGAGACGCCGAGGUCCACCUGUUCUUCGCUCGGCUCGACGGGGACGUGACCGACAGCCAGCGGAGAGCCUCCAAAGCGCUGGCGGAUUUUCAGAUGGAACACAAGCAGAGAAGCCUGGAAGUGCAGGAGGCGGCGGACGGCGAGAAGAAGAGCAAGGCGGACGUCUGCCUCCGAGAAAUCAACGUUUUGUGUUACAAACUGAUGGCGGUGGAAUUUCAACUCUACAGCUACCUGGAGGAAACGAUCAGGAAGUUUGACAACAACAUCUCGGAGAUGACGGCCAGCUUCAGCGAAACGGCUCAAGGCAUCUUCGUCCAGUGUCGAGAGCUGGAGGACAGCCACCAUCAGAAGAUCACGCAAAUCGCCGUCACCACGCUGGAGGUGGUGGCCAAGGGCGAGGCCGAGGAGGAUUUGCCGGACGACGUUCGAAUGCUCUUCUUGGACAAGAACACCGUGAUGGACACGCUGGCCGCCAGCCACGAUAACCACCUGCAGACCAUCAACGACAGGGAAACUCAGUUGGUGACGCGCGCCGAAGCCUGGAAAGUGGCCCUCAUCAAGGGGAUCGAAGACACGCAACUGAAGAGGAACCGAAUGCGCAUUGCCGACAUCCACAGAUAUGCCGACUAUUUGCGGGAGCAGCUGAAAGACUUGAUGUAGCGCCGACGCCAUCCACGGCCACGAAGGGAAGCGUCGCGGACGUCUUCGCUCAACGUGUGGCAGCAUUUUCAACAGAUUUUAUUUUGAACAAAUACCCCCCCAUAACAAGUACACUGCUGUACGCAUAUAGUUUUUCCUAUUCCAACGCUGUCCUGUCAUAGUCCCGCUCCUCGAUCUUGUGAAGACGCCUCGUCUGCAGCGCCGUCGGCCGACCUGGAUUAGGCCAAAGCGCUCGCUUUCCAGUAGACAAAAAUGAAAUGUCACAAAAAGAAUGAAUAUGAAUAAGAAUGCGACUGUUGUCUGUCUCCGUGUGUCCUGCGAUUGGCUGGCGACCGGUUCAGGGUGCACCCCUCCCACCUCCUGCCCGUUGACACCUGGGACCCGUGACCCUCGUGAGGAUAAGUGGCUAAGAAAAUGGAUGGAUGGCGUAUUCCCCCAACGUUCGUGAAGGAAAGAUUCAAAAGCUAUGAUUGUACAAGGUAUGCAACGGAGCGCUAACGUGAAACCGUCGGUCAUGUAGCUGAGGCGGUGACGUAUUAGGAUACUACACGUCCCAGAAUGCAUUGCGGCACCCAGCUCUCCGUUUUCAGCAAGUCCCCAUUCGGUUCCGUGUGCCGAGUUGUCACCAAUUAAGAAUAAAUUUGUUUGCAAACUUUUGGGGUCGGGCGUCGUGUCAAAAGAUGCCUUUCAAAAAAAAAAAACAAACAAAAAAAACAUUUAUAGCAAUAUUAUGAAAUUAUGAAAAAUAUGUAAUGUCACAUUCCAGUUGCGUCGUUUUUUGAGCUGUGGGACUUGUUGGCACAUCGAUAAUGUGAGCGGAAAGCGAUUUGAAUCCGGUUUAUG